CUAUGGCGGAUACGGUAAAUAACGGUACAAAGAAUUGAGAGAUAGAAGAGAAAAUGGGGGCGCGGCAACGGCGACCGAACUGUCCGCAUUGAGGUUGAAACGGUUAGUUAGCACAAUCGUAGUGCCGUCUAUAGGUAUACACUAUUAGGCUCGGACACGAGGGACGAGUGCCGUGCAGUGUAAGUACACAAAAGGAUCACUUACCACCGCCUUCGCUACACACGCCCAUUGCCGAGUUUGUCGCCGCCCACCUCAGACCGCGCCCAUUGUCGACUCUAUCUUACGGUCGCUGUUCUCAUUUCGGUCGUUCAGUAACCAUAUCACUCGCCGCAACGAAACGUGCCGUUUAAUUGCGUUGAACGCGUACUUGAACAUAAUACGACAGUGACUGCUCUUUACAACGCGAUAAUUUUACAUCGUUUGUCCGUUUCUAUAGUAUCGAAUCAAUAUCCUUUUACGACAUUGGUUUUAUACCGUUUUAUGUGUGAAACUGUUGUCAAAUGUGCGUGGUGACCGGAGCCGCGACCGCUAUGAUGCAGCAGGACGACGCGCAUCAUCGACAUAAUGCGUUCCUGCCUGUGUACGAUUUUAGCCGUCGAUAUCAGUCUGCUCUUCAGGAAGCAGUACACGCGGCCAGUCCACUGGAUCUCAGGGGCGGAUCGGGUUCUCUGAUGGGCGCUGCCGCUGCCGCCGCCGCAGCAGCUUUAGCACAUCAUCAACCACCAACGUCUUCUUCGUCACCACCUUGUAGCUUAGGUUCAACCGAAACAACUGAUAUCAAUGUAGACUCAGCCGACGACGACGACGACGACGACGACGACAUGUUCAACAACGCAUCGGCCACUAAUAAUAACUGCAAAGAAGAUGAUGAAAACGACGAAGACGAUUGCGGCAACAAGGAGCAGUCGUCGGGAGGUAAUGGAUCACCGGUGAAACCGCCAUAUAGUUAUAUAGCGCUAAUCACUAUGGCUAUACUUCAGUCGCCGCACAAGAAACUUACGCUAAGCGGAAUAUGUGAAUUUAUCAUGUCUCGGUUUCCGUACUACAGAGAUAAAUUCCCGGCUUGGCAAAAUUCAAUCAGGCACAACCUUUCACUCAACGACUGUUUUAUAAAAAUCCCUCGGGAACCUGGAAAUCCGGGCAAGGGCAACUACUGGACGUUAGACCCCAUGGCUGAAGAUAUGUUUGACAACGGCAGUUUCUUGAGGCGUCGCAAAAGGUAUAAACGUAUGCAGACACCGUCCGAUUUCUUUGGAAUUCGCGAUCACCACCACCAUCAUCACGGCGGUCCACCGGGCGGACCUGGGCCGCAACAUCAUUUUUCUGCUGACCCCUACUCGGUCCUCCACCAUCACCAUCAUUAUCCGUACCAUCAUUUAGGACCUCCGCCUCCUCCAUUGCCUCCUGCGGUUCCACUGCCGUUGCCUCCUUCUGAACUAGCUCGUAUCACUUUUGGACUGAACUUGCUCCACAACGGGCAAGUAGCUGCUGCUGCAGCCGCCGCUGCCGCCGCUGGACUUCCGCCGCCAUCGUUUAAACCCGCUGUGACAACACCGUCGUCUUAUCCCAUAACGAACGUCACUGGUCGACUUGCCGGAAAACAGCCGUCGACUGGCUUCAGUAUAGAUUCCAUAAUGGGCAAGAGAUCAGAGCCUAACAGUCCUAUUACUACACAAACGGCUGCGGAUGAUGAGCAAGCGGUAACCAUUUCCGGUACGCCAUCACCGUUAUCCACUCCUGUCACCAGGACGGGUUUCGAUUCGGCUUUCACGCCACUCCAACAGACAACUUGGGCCAGGUGAUGAUGCGGAGCCGUCGACAUCCUACACUACAUUCCCACCGAUAAAAAUUGAAAAUUGUGCAGUGACGUCCAUUUCCUAAUGAAUGUAAUGGAUUAUGCUCGUUAAUUUAAAGAAGUUAAAAAAUUGGGCAAGUGUAAAUCUAGUCUUACUGUUGAAAGUUUAAUUUUGUAAAUAUUACACAAGCGCAAUAAAAAAUGUUGUAAGUUUUUAAACCCGGCAUAAUGUUAGUGUUCAAUUGCAAACAUAAGUUUUAUUCGUUAGGAGUAAACGUUAUCUCCAGACUUUCAAUCUUAGUUGCAUAAUAUGACUAUUUUAGGUGUAAUUUACUAAUAUGAUUUUAUUAUUGUGUAAAUAGUUUAAAAUUUGUUACCAAAUACUCUAAUUAUUAUUAAUGAUAUAAUUAUACGCUAUUGUUUUUCUUAUGUAAAUACUAUUAGAUUUUUGCAAAUUGUGUAUAUACUUAACUUCUUUUUAUUGAAUAGAUGGUAAAUUAUAUUAUUUAGAAUUAUUAAUUAAAAAUAAUUUCAUAAAAUACCGUAGAUCUUUUUUUAAUAUUUCUCUACAUAAAAAUUUCAAUAAAUAGAUAUAUUGUUUUUUUU